GAGACUUGCAGGGGAGAGAUCCAGACGUGACGCCGGGUGGGGGGCUCUUCCCAGGCAAAGAGAAGCUGAGGAGGGAGAGAGAUACAUGCCCAGCCCUCCUCCUUGUUCAAUCCCAUGCAUGAUGGAGGAAGCCACCAGGCGCUCAAAAAUUCAACCCUGGGACUCCAGGAGCCUCCAAUACCUGGAGGCUGAGGGUCCCCGUGGGCUUUGCAGCCAACUCCAUGACUUUUGUAGGCGAUGGUUGAGACCAGGAAAGCAUAGCAAAGCUCAGAUGGUGGACCUGGUGGUUUUGGAGAAGCUCCUGGCUCUUCUGCCCCCAGAGAUGGAGGGCUGGGUGCAGGAAUGUGGAGCAGAGACCAGCUCCCAGGCAGUGGUCCUGGCGGAAGGCUUCCUCCUGAGCCAGGCGGAGGAGCAGAAGGAGCAGGUUGAUUUGCAGUGUUGCACUGUGGAGAUCAGAGAUCGUGAGGGAAAGAAGAAUCCAUCAAAUCCCCCUCAGGAGCUAUUUUUCAGGAGGAUCCCUUGGGAAGACCCAAGUCAGGACACCUCAGGAGAAAUACAAAGAAUGAAGUUUUCUGGUUUUUCUGAUGGAGCUCAAAGAGUGGUUGAACCUCCAAAUCAAGUAAGAAAGGGAAAACUUAUUAGAUUUGAAUUCUCCCUUCAGGAAUUGAAGGAAAUGUGCAGAGUGCUGUCUCCUUCUAUUUUCCCUCUUUGUUUGGACUGGAUUAUUUUUGUGUUCCUGAGUGACAUAGAAAAUAGAAUAGCACAAAUUGCUCUCCACCAGCAUAGCUUCCUCUGUAGAAUAUUACUGCGACACAAUA